AUGGUGGGCAAGAUUCUGAUGCUUUUUAUUCCCAUCUUCGUGGUCGUCAUGGCGGCAGUCUACAUCCGCCAUGUCGUCGCGCGACGACGCCGGCACUACGUCACCUCAAUCAAGCACACUCGAGACGACUUGUGUGGUUUUUCUUCCAUCAGCGCCAUUGCCGAACCCGUAGGCGCGUUUUCUGGACGAUCGGCAGCCGUCCGACCUACGGAAAUAGUCAACGCCAAAGUUCCAGGUCGACUCUGGUCACGAGUCUGGUCGCGUCUGUUGGCCGGUCUACAGCCCAGUUCUGGCCAAUUGGCCGCGUGUGACACUCGCGAGUGGAUUUCGCUGAGCCGAAGUAACAGCAACAACUGCGGUUUCGGCCACCUUCAAUUGGGCGGGUCGGCCAUUGGCCGGCCUGUCCUUCUGCCGGGACUCGGUGCCCAAACCACUGUCACGAGAGGCGGCCAACUGGCCUUGGUUCGAGGCCCCAGCGGGCCACUGAUGGGCACAAUCUGGCCGGGUCUGGGCGGCCAGAAGAUGCGGGCCACACGUGGACUUGGCAAACCACAGUUGGAUGGUCCGACU